AUGACGAAUCCGGUUGAAGUUUCCGACGUGGAGGCGGCGAAGACGACGCCAGGGACAGGAACGUCGUCGUUUUCUGCGAUAACUCAGAGAUGGAAGAGGGAGGAUUUGGUAAAGAAAGCGUCUCCGAUCGCGAGAGGGUUGUGUCUUUUAUUCUCUCUUCUUGCUUUCAUCAUUAUGGUCUCUAACAAACAUGGUUACGGUAGAAACUUCGACGAGUACGAAGAGUACAAAUAUGUUUUGGCAAUUGCGAUCAUCUCAACCGUGUACACUGCAUGGCAAACAUUUGUACAUCUCUCGAACAGAGAGUUCUUUGAUCGCCGGACUUCCAUGUUGGUCGAUUUCUCCGGUGACCAGAUUGUAGCUUAUCUUCUCAUAUCAGCUGCAUCAUCUGCAAUACCAUUGACGAACAGAUUCAGAGAAAGUCAAGAUAAUAUAUUCACUGAUUCUGCUGCUUCAGCUAUCAGUAUGGCUAUCUUCGCCUUCGUCUCUUUAGCUCUCUCUGCUCUCUUUUCUGGUUACAAACUCUCUACUUAUUCUUUUAUCUGA